AUGCGAGCCUUCAAGGUGUUGCUGGCAUGCCUGCCUCUUGCGAUGGCGGGGGAACUCUCGGCCUUGAACAUGCAACUGGAAGCCCUGCGUGCGGAGGUGCAGGCCCAGAAUGACUUGAUCAGCGACCAGGCCUCCAAGUUGGACUCAUACGCUCAAUCGCGACGUCUUCAGACUUGGGUCACCCAGACGGACUACGACACUGCGGUUGCACAGCUGAAGGCCGAUGAUUACAGCCUCGGCGGAGCCAUGGAUUCAGCUUGGCUCUGCCUUUGUGGCGCCCUGGUUAUGUUCAUGCAUGCAGGCUUCGCUAUGUUGGAGACGGGAUCCUGCAGAGCAAAGAAUGCCUCAAACGUACUCAUGAAGAACCUCGUGAACGUCACCUUCGGUACCAUCGGCUGGUGGGUCUUCGGCUGGGCAUUCGCGUAUGGGACCCUUGCUGGAGGCUUCAUCGGCACCGACGGUUUCUUCGGCAUCGGGUUCUACACGAAGGAUGCCAACGAUGUCAUCACGCCUAACAGCUGUGAUGCGGAUGGAUGCCAGAGCACUAUGCUCAGCUGGUUCUUUCAGUGGGCUUUCUGCACUGCUGGUGCCACAAUCGUGAGCGGUGGUGUCGCAGAGCGUGUGAAGAGCCCUACCUAUGCGGCUUACGCUUUCGUCAUGACGAGCUUCAUCUACCCCGUUGUAGUGGCCUGGACAUGGAAUUAUGGCUGGCUGGAUACCAUCUUCGAUGUGGGUUACAUGGACUUUGCCGGCAGCGGCAUCGUUCACUUGACUGGAGGUGUCAGUGCCCUCGCUGGAACCAUCGUCCUUGGUCCUCGUAAGGGCCGCUUCGAGAACCCGGAGGAGUUCGAGUCUCACAAUUUGCCUUUGGUGGUAUUGGGCACCUUUGCGCUGUGGUUCGGCUGGUAUGGCUUCAACCCGGGUUCCACCCUCGGCAUGCACACCGGUGACACCGGGGCAAUGGCUGCCCAGGUGGCCAUGAACACGACCAUUUCAGCCGCUACAGGAGGCCUGACGGUCUUCAUGCUCCGCUAUGGUAUCUACAAGAAGUACGACGUCGGUGGCCUUUGCAACGGCAUUCUCGCCGGCCUUGUCUCCAUCACGGCCCCCUGCGGCAAUGUGGAGUGUGGCAGCGCCUUUGCCAUUGGCUUCAUCGGAGCCCUUGUCUACCAGGCAGCUUCCAUGUUCCUCCAGAAGAUGAAGAUUGAUGAUCCCGUGGAUGCGAGCCCUGUUCACGGCUUCUGCGGUGUUUGGGGCUUGCUCGCAGCAGCCCUUUUCGACUGGGGCAAGGGCUUCGACCACUACCAUGCCUGGUUUGGAUUCAGCUGCAAGCCGGUCAGCGACGCCGACCCGAGCUGCAUGACUGGUAUCGGAGGUAGGGCUAUUGCUGCACAGGCGAUCAUGGCGCUGGUGAUCAUCGCUUGGGCGGGAACUCUUUCCGGCCUUGCCUUCUUCGUGCUGAAGAUGACAGGCAAGCUGCGCAUUGACGAAGAAACUGAGGAGACCGGCAUGGAUCUGAAGCAGCACUCUCCUCCAAAGGCCUAUGCGAUUGGCCUCAACUUUCAAGUGGUCCUGGACAGCCACUUGGUGCUGGCACAGGGCUUCAGCUGUUUGCCAUGGACUAUGGAUGUCAAGGUGUCCCGGGUCUGGGGGGUGCUGAAGUUCCAUUUCUUAAUUUUCAUGGUUGUGGGUCCGCGGAGCUGUGAAGAUCUCUCAGCCUACGAUGCCCUUGAUUCGUCGGGCGACUCCUUUUGCCAGGAUGUUUCCUCCUACGCAGGCCCCUCGGAAGGGCUCCACGACUGCAAGGCAAAGUGCGACCGCGACGGCGGGUGCAAGUUUUUCAGCAUCUGGAUGACCGGUGGUCAGCACUGGUGCCGCUUGACUGCGAGCUGUGUGGGGCUGAGUCACCAGCCCGGCCACACCAUCGGUGUCUACAAGAGGCAUCAGAUGGCAUUACCUGGAUCACCCUUCGAGGUCUCGCAGCCAGUAGCGUUGCCCUUCGCAGACUUCGACGCCUUCAAAGGGGUCAACGGAACCAGCUGCGAUGCUUACCCCGCGUGCCGCGCGGCAGGUCUUGCCGGCACGUGCUGUCCCAAUCAUGAGAAGGUGACGCUGUCCUGCUGCAACGGCCCGCCUCCGGCGCUACCGGGCCACGAGGUCACACCUGUUGUGCCACGCCGUGACCCUCCGAGUUUGACAGCACGGUGA